AUUUGUUUUAUAAAUGUAAUUUACGUUCACUCGACAAAAUUACUUCAUUGUAAAUAGAAGUGUACUUUUCGCAAUUAUUGUUAGAAUUUAUUCGUCUAAUUAAAAAUACUUCAGAGUUACGUUAAUAUUGUGGUCGAAAUAUAAGAUUAGUUGCAAUGACUGUAAGCCUACCUGUAGACAGUGAGAACAAUGAAAAUGAAGGCACUCAAGAUGAUUCCAUGUUAGUAUUAGAAGAUGCGUUGAAAAUUUGUAAAUUCGGUUGGUUUCACCUACGGUUGCUCUUAGCAUCACUAUGUGGCAUGCUUGCUACUAUUAUGAUGACUACUACGUCAUCUUUUAUUCUACCAAUAGCAGAAUGUGACUUAGAUAUGGAUAACAUGAUGAAAGGAUGGCUGAAUGCCAUACCGUUUCUUGGGCAAAUUGGAGCGAGCGUUUUCAUCGGAUUCUUAGUAGAUACAUUUGGCCGUCGGAUAUUUCUACUUAGCGGUCACUUCGGAGUAUUUCUGUGCGGCCUUCUCGAAGGUUCCAGUCAAACGUAUUGGAUGUUAAUAGUUGUUAAAUUUCUUCAGGGUAUUGCCAUGACUAUAUCCUACACGGCGAUAUCCACGAUGUUAUCAGAGUUUAUUCACAAAGAAAUCCGAGACAGAAUACUAUUACUGCUCGGCUCAUUCAUGUCACUGUCCCUUAUAGUUGUUGCUCUCAUGUCAUGGGCGAUAUUACCUCAAACUCAACUGUAUUUUGUUAUAUGGAAAGGCUAUUUUGAAUUACAUUCAUGGAAUAUUUAUUUAUAUGUUUGUUCGUUGUGGAGUUUAUUUGCGUUCCUUCUUUACUACUCUUUGCCGGAAAGUCCCAAGUUCUUGCUCUCAGAGGGACGCGAUAAGGAGGCAUUGGAGGUCCUGAAAACAAUGUAUCAUGUUAACACAGGGAAGGACAAAGACGAUUUUCCGAUAAAAACAUUGCAACGUGGGAAACUUCAUGAGCCAAAAGCGAAAUUGGGAAUUAAGAAGCAAAUAGUGAGAAGUCUGUUCGAAGUAAAAGAUAGUUUUGACAAAAGGAAUAUUUAUAAUCUUGUAUUAAUAUCCAGUAUGACGUUUGUAUGCCUAUCCACAUACACUUGCCUAAGGCUAUGGUAUCCUCAGAUAUCAACAACAAUUGAACAUUAUCACAAAGAUCACGGCGAGUUCGGGCAGUUCUGUGACAUGAUUAAUUGGAAAAACUCUGUAAAGCCUCAAAUUGAAUCAAACACUACUUGUGUACCGCAAGUCAGCGGAACAGAGACUUACGUAAACGCCAUUAUCCUCGGAGUAACGAGUCUCAUAUUCAGCGGAGCCUCUAGUUUCGUAGUUCAAUGCUUGGGACAUCGAUUGCUAAUCUUUUUGAUACAAAUAUCAUGUGCUGCAGCGUCUAGUGGGCUGUAUUUUACAAGCUCGUCAAUUGAGAUUGCCUUGUUGAUAUCCGUUACAUGUGCUUUGGUUCAGACGAGCAGUAUUCUGCAAGGAAACAUUCUUGUUAGAGUGUUUCCUACUAAGUUAAGAGCAUUAGCAUUCUCAAUAGUAAUGAUAGUUGGUAGAACGGGAUCUCUAUUGGGAAAUGUAUUGUUCCCAGUACUAUUAGAAAUGGGGUGUAUGGCACCCUUCCUUACGCUUUCUAUUGCGUGUCUUUGUCAAGCAAGCGUUGUGUACUUUUUACCCGAUCCGAAUAAACAGAAUAAGGGAACUGGAGAUAAAUAAAACAAAGAAAUCCA